UGUCCCAGUGGCUGCGGACAAGCCAGGCAUUCUGCUCGGCGGCGGCUGCACAGGGGCGAGAACUGAGAACCCCGGAUCAACCCCAAUCGGGGUGACUGCAAGUGCCCAUGCCAGCGACCCCGAUCUCCCUCCUGUGGAGGAGUGGGGCGGGAGGCAUGGCCGGGGGCCUCAGGCUGGGCGCGCUGGCGAUCCCGAGGCAGACCAGGUCAUGCACCUCCAGCCCGCCUGGGCACCCAAGCUACAGCCGGCUUCUGUGUGCAGGCAGCAGCUUCCAGGCAAUCCCCGAGCCCGCCCGCACUCCCCGUAUCUCAGAACCGGGGCCAGACGUCCCAGUGGCUGCGGCCAAGCCAGGCGGUCUGCCCUGCGGCGGCAGCACAGGCGCGGAAACCGGCCCUCAGCCCCAUCCCCGGUGGCUGCAGAGGGCUCCCGGCUAGAGGUCCCGAGCUCCGGCAGAGCAGGAGCCGGGGGGCAGGGCCUGGCGGGCUCUCAGGCCAGGUGCACUCGCGAUCCAGAGGCCGCCCAGGCCAUGCUCCACCACCUGGGCGCCCAAGUGCAGGCGCCCUCUACCUGCUGGCGACAGCUGCCUGGCAACUCCCAAGCUGGUUGGCGCUCCCAGCCUCGCAGAACCGGGGCUAGAUGUCGCCGUGGCUGCGGCCAAGCCAGGCGUUCUGCCCCGCGGCGGCUGCGCCGGGGCGGGAACCAAACCCCAGCCCCAUCCGCGGUGGCUGCGGAGGGUCCCCGUCAGCUGCCGCGAUCUCUCUUCAGAGGAGGAGCCGGCGGGAGUCACGGCCCGGGCCCUCAGGCCAGAAGGGAUGCACGCCUGCGAUUCCGGGACCUCCCGCCCGAGCCCAGGAGAACCCGCAAGCCAGCGGCGCCUGCGCCCGAGCUGCAGCAGCCCCCUGCCGGCUAUGCGGGCUUGGGAGCGGCUUCCGGAGUCCCGGCUUGCGCUGACCUGCAGGCGCGCGCCUAA